CGUUCAGGCAGUAGUACGACGACCGUCAGCCGAGAAGGUUCCGUGCGCCGUCGAUCGUGUGUCCCAACAGCUGACUGCUGAGACGAACUGUGUAGACUGUGAAGGAACACUGCGGGAACAUUGGUGUGCAAUUCGCUGUCUGUGGUUGGUGAAGUCAUCGGCGCAAUACUCGUGGCUGUGACCUAUUGAGUGGCGUAGAGUUUCCUUGGUUACUCCGACGCUUUCGUGACUGAAUUACGCUCGCGGACUGAUCGAUCAGCCAGGACUUCGUGGCCGAACUAUGAGCUAACCCUCGCUCGGGAGUUGGAUUAGGACUGGUGUGAAACGCGGACUAAGUGUGCCUGGUCCAGCGGCUGCGUGCGUCCCUGGUUUUCAUCGUGUUCAUCCGUGAGCUGUCCUCAACACCGCUGUGUCAUUCGCUACUGGUCGCUGCAGUAGAGAAAAACGCGCCGGGGCCUUCGGGUCUCCUCCGUCGUACCGGGGCCGGCGGCGCGCUCCCUGACCGCGCCGGCCCGCCGAGCUCACCGGGACCGGCGAGCGUGGCACAAAGACCGAACACCGAGAGCCGGUGAGAGCGACGCGCAUGCAGGCCGGCGCCGGCAGCGUGACAGCGCCUCGAGCCAUGCGGGACCAGCUGCGGCCGGCCUCCUCGCGACAGCGGCUCACCGACGGGCCCGGUAGCGCGCGCUCGCUGCCGCGCAAGUUCCGCCGCGGCUCGCCGUCGCCGGCGACGCGACGCGCCCGCGCGGCGGCGCGCACCAUCGCCUAUUCGCAAGAGGAGUUUGUAGCGCACAACUCCAAUGUCAACUGCCUGGCGCUGGGUCAUAAGUCGGGCCGGGUGCUGGUCACCGGCGGAGAUGACAAAAAGGUCAACCUGUGGGCCGUCGGCAAGCCCCACUGUAUCAUGAGCCUGAGCGGCCACACCACCUCCGUGGAAUGUGUACGGUUCGGGAACACAGAGGAGCUGGUCUGUGCGGGCUCCAGCUCGGGCGCCAUCAAAAUAUGGGACCUGGAGGCCGCGCGGCUAGUACGGACCCUGACCGGCCACAAGAGCAACACCCGCUGUAUCGACUUCCAUCCUUACGGCGACUUCCUGGCCUCCGGCAGUUUCGACACCAACAUCAAGCUUUGGGAUAUCCGACGGAAGGGCUGCAUCUUCACCUACAAGGGCCACAACCAGAUGGUCAACAGCGUCAAGUUCUCGCCGGACGGCCAGUGGAUCGCCUCGGCCGGGGAGGACGGGGGUGUCAAGCUAUGGGACCUGCGGGCCGGUAAGAUGCUGACUGAGCUGGUGCGGCACACUGGACCGGUGGUAGACGUGGAGUUUCACCCACACGAGUUCCUGGUGGCCUCUGGCGGCUUCGACCGCGUGGUCAACCUCUGGGACCUGGAGAACUUCCAGCUGGUCACCAGCACAGACGGAGAGUGUGGACCAAUCAGGUGUAUCGCGUUCGCGGCGGAUGGCGACUGCGUGUUCGCCGGCUGCCACGACAUGCUCAAGGUGUACGGCUGGGAGCCGUUCCGGUCGCACGACACGGUCGCCAUGGGCUGGGGCAAGAUCGCCGACAUCGCCGUGGCCCAGACGCAGCUGAUCGGCGCGGCGUUCCACUCGUCCAACGUCUCCGUCUACAUGGUGGACCUGAAGAAGGUCCAGCCGUUCGGCCGGCCACAAAUCCAGCCCGAGCCGGCCUCGGCACCGCCGCCCGUCUUCAGGCACAACCAACACGUGCGCAAGAGCUUCAUCAAGGAGAAACCGCCAGAUGGAAACGGCAACGACAUGGCGAUGCGGGUGGAGGAGUCGUCUGACACCAACGUCAACACGGACCCAGAGGACGACCUCCUCUCCGUGGUGGAUGUCAAGGAUCAGCACGACUACACGGAGAUCUUCAGGCCACGUACCCGCGCUUUGAACCGCACCCCGCCGCCGGAGCCGGCGCCGCCCGCCGACCCGUCGCCGUCCCUGCCGCCGCUGCCGCCGUCCACUCCCGUCCGCGCCCGGCUGGCGACGCCGAGCGGGCCGGGCGCACCGCGCGCCUCAGACCUGCCGCCGGUGUCGCGGUCGCCGGCCGAGCCGGGCCCGCCGUCGCCACCGACCGCGGGCCCCACCGACCCGCCGCCGUCGGCGCGUCGUCCGCCGCUCGGCCACACACCUCCGUCCCCGGUGCGGACUCAGCUGGCCGGCCGGCAGGCGGUCUACCACUCGACCCCGGACGUCCGGCCCGACAGUGUGCCCAUCCCCACUGAACCCUACAGGCCUCCGCCGACCGGUCUGCGCCACAGUCCGUCGGACCCGGUGAUAAUCCGCGGCGGUGGCCCGGAACUGGCGCCGGUCCCCACCGACACCCGGCCGCCGUACGGCUCCUACACGCGGCACGCGCACCCGCCGCCGCCGCCGGCCGCCGCCCUCGACCCGGACAUGGACGGCUCCAACAUCGUGCCCAUGACCGGCGACAAGCCGUCCGGCCUGGACAUCGACGACUUCCUGCCGAACAAGUUCUCUCGUCUGGGCAUGGGCGGCGGCCAGUAUUCGUCCCAGUCGGCCGUCUCCGAGGCCGAGGCGUUCACCAGCAUCGUCAAGGGUCACGACUCGAUGAUGUCGGUGCUGACGGGGCGCCACAGGCAGCUGGAGAUCGCUCACUCGCUCUGGUGUAGCAAGGACGCCAAGACUGCGCUGGAGCACGUGGUGGCGCGUAACGACCUCUCCGUCAGUGUGGAUCUGCUGAGCCAGCUCAACCUCCGACCGUCCAUAUGGAACCUUGACAUCUGUCAGGUCCUCCUGCCGUCGAUACAGGAGAUGCUUCAGUCCAAGUACGAGAUGUAUAUGACGAUCGGGUGCAGCUCGCUCAAACUCAUCCUCAAAAACUUCGCGCACAUGAUCAAAACCAACAUCGAGAGUCCUGUCUACACCCACGGCGUGGAUAUCUCGCGAGAAGAGAGGUACAACAAGUGCAAGGGCUGCAACGACCAGCUGCUCUCGAUCCGAGCCUUCCUGCUAAAACGGCAAACGCUGCAGGGCAAGAUCGGUCAGACAUUCCGCGAGCUGCAGAUCCUAAUGCAGGCGCUGGACUGAGGCGGCGCGCCCACCACGGGCCGCCCAGCCCGGGCCGGCCCCUCUGAUCUGUGAUUGCAAUAGCAGCUGCGGCCGGGCGUCACUCCGUGCCUUGGUCGCCGCUGCCGCCGGACCGCCACCCCGGCCGGCCGGCCAGCGAGCCGCGUCUAGUCUAGUCGAAUGAGAGAGUGAGUGAGUGCGACCCGACGUAAGUCAGGGAGAAGGAGCCGCGCGCUGCCGGCCAGGAGACGAUCUCAGUUCCUGUGUGUGCGGACCGGUCAGUGAUGGAGUCGCCAGAGCGCCGCUGGUGGCCGACCACCGCCGUCCGAGUGAACGGAUGCAUAUGUCAUUUUUACGUGCCAAUUAUUUCUGUUGGUCGGUGUGUGCGUGUGUUCGGUUUUCGGUGAUAUUGUUUUGUUUUUGUGGACGGCCGAUGACGUGCCGUCCCACUGCCGCUGCCGAGGCCUUGACAAGCUGAGCGGGACGGCGGGCGACUGGGGCCCGCCUGUCCCCUAUGUGACCGGGCGCCUGCUGGACAGAGGGAAGGAAGGACGGGCGGCGCUACACAGCUCUACUAACACCAGCAGACUGCCGCUCAACAGUAACAUUCCCACGCCUAGACAGAGAUCAAACCGAACGUAACUUGUUAAUAAAAUAAACGCUUUUUAAUGAACUGCC